AGCCGCAUGAAGAGGCGGCGGCGCAGGCCCCCGGAGGCCCUGGCCCCGGCCACCUGGGGAGGAGCCUCUAGCGCUGCAGUAAGGGCCGCACUGGAGGCGCCUGAGGAGAAGGUGGUGUACACGCGGUGGCAACCGUCGCCACUGUCGCUGGCCAACAGCAGCAAGGCGCUGAUCGACGCUUUCAAGCUAUUCGUGCCCGGCAGCACGGAGUUCAUGAGCUCAGACGCGGAGCUCUGGAGCUACCUCUGCAGCCUCAGGCACCAGUUCUCCCCCCGCAUCCUGCGCAGCAAGGACGUCUAUGGUUACUCCUCCCUCCUGGCCCAGGUUCCGGACCCCCGGCACCAGCCACCCGAGGCCCGCCUCCAGACGCGCCGGCGAGCUGCCAGGAGGAGGCGCCACGGAGCCCGGAAGGUCGCCGCCGGCCAGAGGAAGGUGCCGCCCCCGCCGCCGCCGUCCCGCGAGGACAGCAGCCCUCGCAAGCCCACGGCCCCCGGGCCCAGCUCCGGGGGCCGCACCCUGGAGGAGAGUGGGAGGGCAGCCACCCCAACGCUGACCACCUCGCCCAGCAUCCGCGUAGUCGGCGACGUGUGGGUCGAGAGCAGCGUGGCAGAAGCGCGGCGCCAAGCGCGCCAAGUCCUGGGAGUGAACCUGGAACCCGUGGUGAGACUCCGCCGCGUCCCAGUGCCUGGGCGUGAGAUGAGGGCCACAGCCGCGCGACCUCCCAGCCCCGGGACCGGUUGUGCCUGGAGGGAUGAACCAGAGAGAGCCGGGCCCGCAUCCCCUAGUGCACUUUACCGGGGAAGAAGCACCAGACGGUCCCGGCCCGCGCCUCCGGGAUGCGGCGCCGCCUUCUGGGACUCCGGGGCAGCUGUGCCCUCUGCUGCCUCCCAGUACCGGGUCUGCGGAGGGAGGCGACCCCUGGACCGCAAGGGAGGUCCCCUUUCUUCCUAACCCCAGAUUGAGAGGUCUCCAGGACUGUAGGGGCAGAUCCAUGAUCUCUCUUGUUCUCUCAUUGCUCUGAAGUCGUCCGAAGAAGCCAUUCCACCCCCA